ACUAUAAACGUGUCCUCCGGCAGACGUCACGUGACCGCCGCGGAGGAGGGUCGUGUCGAAAGUGAAAGUGACGGCGCAGUGUAAAGUGUCAGCGUCAGUGAGGAUGGUCUUUACCGGUGUCAGUUUACCUGCUGGACACGAUGCAGUGAGAGGCCAGUUGUUCUCCAGAUGGAUCCGGGUUCACUGCCUCUCUCGGUGCGCGCUGUGAUCGUGUGUCUGCUCGGGGCCGCGCGCUGCUCCUCCGCCGACAACAGCAAUUGUAAGUGUUCAGAAAUCCCUGAACUGCCUCUGACGAAACCUCCACCCGAGACUUGUAAUCAAACAUUUCGCCACACGUGUAAAGACGGAUACACGAGGAAAGUCGGAACAUCGAACCUCAUCAAAUGCAAUAGGAAUAACAACAGUGCUCCGAAGUGGACUACGGCCUCGCUCAUCUGCAUACCCGACCCCCGGAGAACCAUAACACUUCCACCAAAGAUCCCAGUAACAACAGCGUCUUUCACCGACUUCCGGAUGACUGAGAGCGGAAGCUUCUCAUCUACUGGGGUUCUGGAGAAGGACAGCCUCAAGCCUACUUCACUUGAUUUGCAGAUUGAUCAAUCACAGGCAGCGUCUUUCACCGACUUCCGGAUGACUGAGAGCGGAAGCUUCUCAUCUACUGGGGUUCUGGAGAAGGACAGCCUCAAGCCUACGUCACUUGAUUUGCAGAUUGAUCACUCACAGGCAACAGACUGGACGACACCAGCUUCGUCCAACGAGCCUCCCAAUAACAGGAAGGAUAAUUCUCACCCGUCCAGCAACAGACUUGGCGCUACAGCAACAGCCCUGAGUGUCUGCGCUUCACUGGUGAUCGUCUGCGCUUUAAUGGGAAUCAGCUAUGUGUGUUAUCGAAGGAACUCUCAAAGAUAUGACAGGCCGGCGACAGAUGAAGAAAUGAUAUCCAUGAGUCAUGUUCCAGCUGAACCGGCGUCGUAGAGUUUGUACCCUGCAACCUUUUGCUGACACAGGAAGUCCAGAGUUUAGAGCUGUAAGUCAGCCUUUGUAAACCUCUGUGGGGAAUCUGAGUGAAAAGUUCAAGUUUUCAAGAAGGUUGACACUAGGUGUGAGUUUAGACUUAAUGUCGUACACAGUGUUUGAACUUCGGAAGACGCACACUUUCAUUCUAUUCUUGGAAUACAUAUCAUAUAUAUUAUAUAUUGAUUUCCAACUACAUGGUUUGGCAUUUCUUUUGAACGUCCCUUUACAAGCGGAAAGUCUCCUCGACCCCAGUGAGAGCUCAUACUAAAUGUACGGAAAAUAACAAUUGAAAAGCUCAACAUCAAGAUGUCGCUCUCGUAUCAACUAGUGAAGGCUCUUUGGGUGCACUGAGGUCAAUGACUGAUCAGCUGAUAAGGUCCUAACGAUAGACUGCAUAUAAAGAUGGAUGACAAAAGUGAAGCCAAAGCGCCUUGAAGCCCCCCUGGUGGCUUAUAGUUUAUAAACCCGCCUCCUCCAUGGUAGUGAAUGGGACAUGCUGGGCCGACAUAAAACCAUGAUGCGAUAAAAAAACAAUAGGAAACGUCCAGACCAGCAUCCCUACUGCACAGAUUCUGGCUCCAGAUGAUGUUCUUGAUGUCGACUGGGUUAGGGUUGGAGAUGUGAUUUUUAUUAAGAACUUUUAAAUAGCCCCUCAAAAUGCAUAAAUAUCAAGGACGUGACUUCACUGUCAGAAAUGGUAGAUACAUCCCUGGUUGUGUGUGACACUGUUUGUUCAUGCAUGGUGUUGAUACAGGUUAUGACUUAUUUUAUACCUGAUUUUAUAUAUAUAUAUGCAUUGUAUAUACGGAAAACUGAAUGUAAUGCAAAUUGUUUAAAAAUAGUUUUCACUGUUUUGCCUUAAUUUAUUAUUGUCACAGUUACUUUUGCCUCUGGAGUAUGUACUACAUAGUGGCAUUAACUCAUGUUCUGUUAAAAUGCAAACAUGGCCUUUUGACAAUUUAUUUUAUUUAUCUCACUUGUCUUUCCUCCUGUCAUGUAAACAGCAUUUCCUUUCUUUCUAUCUUAGCUUGAUUAAGGUCACACUUGGAACAAGCAAUACUUAAAUUAAGACAUGUGGCAUAUUAGUCGCAUUAUAUAGAGAUGUAUACGUGUUAAUGGAAUUAUAUGGCCCUAUGCUCUGUAAUAUGUAAAAAGCAACGUCAAUGGAAUAAUGUAUUAGCAACUCAUGUUAACAUAAUCAGUGUAAUGUCUUAUUCAUAAUAAAGUCAAUAGUCCGAAUAUUGCCCUCCAUGUAAAUAUGACGUGUGUCGCUGUAGAAAAUUAAAUCUGCUAAAAAACAA